AUGCUUGCUCAGACUGGCCAGUCUGCCCCGUCCAACCACUGCGCAGAGCCCACUUCCUGUGCCAGAUCCCCCAGCAACGGCGACGUGGAAGACUCCUCGGCCAGGGUGGCAGGCUUGACGCAAUGCGUGAGCCCCGCAGCCACGCACAGCGAACUUGCGGCGUGUGGUCCUUUAGUCGAGCAAGAACAUGUCGACUCAUCAAGGUCUUCGAUACCUCCGGCCUUGGCUGAGGUCGACGGAGAAGAUUUCCAAUGCUUCACACCAGGUGUCUCGCCCGAGCACGAAUCGCAGCAUAAACAGUAUUAUGGCUCUGCUGCGAAUUAUCGAGAGCACCAAGAUAUGCCUCUCGGGAGCCUGGCUGGUCAGGCAGCACAGCGCAAAGCGAGAGCUCGACAGCUUCUCAACAGCAUUCCCGUGGAUGUGCAUGAUCAUUUCAUGCAUUGUUUCUGGACUUAUUACAAUGCCGCGUGGCACAUGAUCUCUAAGGAAGCCUUUAAUCUAGACAAAGAGAACGGAGGUGGUGAAUUCUAUUCACCGUUGCUUCAUCUAUGUAUUCUGGCCCUUGGCUGUCGAUAUGCAGACACCUCGAGGUCCGGGGUGCAGAAGUAUGCUUGCCACCAUUACGAGUCGCCCCUGCACCGUGAAGCUCGUUCCCACAUCGAGGCCGAGAUGUCGAUCGAGACGUCGAUUCCGUUGAUGAUGUCUGCACUGCUCAUGGCCGACUUGGAGGGAAAUCUGAGAAGGUACAGUGUCGGCUGGCAUAGCUACACGAAUGUGCUUCGCGCUCGGUCUCCAUCGCGAGCUUGGUCAUUGUUCUUCGGGCGCCCCACCGCGAUCAAACAGACUGAUCUGGUGCUUUCGGACGCAAUGUCACAGGGACAGGGUGCUCAGCUCAGCCAAUACGUUGGACUUGAGAUGAGGGAACAGAUGGAAAUUUACGAAGCGCAUAUAAAAUUUAUCGAACUUCAAGCAAAGGUUGUAAAUGUCUUGGACUUGCAGGCCGUACUUUCACAGACGAGUGCUUGCUACAACAUUACGGCGUUGGACCGAGAGCUCAGUUCUUGGUACCAAAAUCUCCCUCCAAACCUGCAGUGGAAGGAAGAAAACAUCGAAAGAGCACAUUUCAGCUUUUUCUUGCUACACCAAUCAUAUCAAUUUUUGCUCAUUCUUCUCCAUCGUCGGUUUACUUAUAUGGACAGGGCCAGUAGCCACUACAUGGGCCAGACGCAGCGGUCGAUCGAUCCCAUUGUGGAAUUUUCACGGACCAUCUGCUAUGAAAGCGCUGUUAAGAUCGUCCACAUGUUGGUGGCAUACGGCCGAAGGAUCGAGUGGCGCCGGAUGUACAUCAGUGUUCCGCAGCACCUGGCAGCAGCAACAACGGCGCUGAUUGCUUGCAUCAGAGUGCCUUCAUUUGAACAGGCAUGCGUACAGCAUCUCAUGACCCUUGCUGAAAUUGCAGAGGCCAUGAGUGAAUCCCAUUCUGAGUCGAGACGAGUGGCAAUUUUGAUCAGAAUCACGCUUGAGAAGGCCGUGAGCUCCGGACACAAUUCCAAUCCGGAAAACCGCCUAAACACCGAAAGCGACAGUAACACAGAUCUCACAAACAAUGCUAGAAACACCGACGAAGGACCAACCACCGCCCUCCAAGUCUCCAAUCACGGUUCUAUUCGAGGGGCCACACCGCUGGUUGAGGAGCACUCGGGGAUCCCGGCAGCCCACGAUUUGGCCCUGCCGCCAUCCCAACCACCAGCUAACUUGACCAAACGGUUUGCUCUUCCUUCAGGUGAAGGAGAUGCAUUUUCAGACUUGUUUCUCCUGCCUGAUGAGUACGAAUGGCCGAACCUUGACGUUGGCAAUGAUAUCUUCAGCUUGACGUAG